AUGUUCGGCUCACUGGGCUUUGGUAACUCAAAUCCGUUUGCAACCGGAGCAAAAAGCGGAUCUGGUUUUGGGUCAAGUGGAUUUGGAUCAUCAAAUACUCAAUCUCAAUCAUCAGGAUUUGGAAGUUCAGGUUUUGGAAAUGCAGGAUUUGGAUCAUCCGGUUUUGGAAACAAACAAUCACAACCUCAAAAUACCUCUGGCUUUGGAAGUACAGGGUUUGGAAGCUCUGGUUUUGGGAAUAGCCUGACUUCUAAGCCAUCAGCUUUUGGUCAAUCACAAACAGCAUCAGCUUUUGGCUCACAAAGUAGUAAUCAAUCAGGGUUUGGAAAUUCAGGUUUUGGGAAUUCAGGGUUUGGAAAUUCAGGAUUUGGUAAUUUUUCUUCUUCUUCUGGGUUUGGUAAUCCAUCAGGAGCUUCAUCAGCAUUUAGUAAACCUGCUCAACCGUUUGGCACACUGUCAGUAUCCCAACCAUCAGCAUUUGGAUCAACUACAACACAACCUCAAACAACAUCUGUGUUUGGUGCACAAUCUACUACUUCAAAACCUUCAGCAUUUGGUGCAUUUGCUUCUCAAAGUUCUACGUCAAAUCCAUUUGGUCAAAAAACUAAUGGAAAUGUAUUUGCACAAUCUAUCAAUAAUAAUAGUCCCUUUGGUCAAUCAAACAUACCUGAAAGCAAUGUAUUUGGGCAACUGAAACCUAAUCCGUUUGGUCAAGCACCAGAGAAGCCAAACCCAUUUGGUCAAGCACCAGAAAAACCUAAUCCUUUUGGUCAAUCAUCACAGAAACCUAAUCCUUUUGGUCAAACAUCAGAGAAACCAAAUCCUUUUGGCCAAACUUUGGAGAAACCAAACCCAUUUGGUCAAUCAACUACGACUACAACUAAUACGAACAGUCCAUUCGGUCAAUCGAAUAAUUUACAGAAUAAUUCCGGUUUUGGUCAACCUUCAAAUACGGCAUCUACAUUUGGACAACAACCACCACUUACUACAUCUGCAUCUAUUCAAAAACAAUCCCCAUUUGGAUCUACACCUACGUCAAAAGCAUCAAUUCAACAACCUAAUCAAGCAAAUCUUAAAGAAAAUGUUACGGACCUAAGUAAAUUCGUUAUUGAAGCUUUCAUGUCUACUAGAUUUGAGUUGGGACAUGUACCGGAUAUACCGCCUCCUCCUGAAUUAAUUAAGUAA